AUGUCUAGACUCAUUUGCUUCCAUUCAAUUUUCCAGCGACUGGGGUCCACACUUCCGUAUGCCACCACUUGGACGGUUCUUUUGAUUCUUACUGCGGUGUUGGCGUCGUUGGCACCCGGUGUGGCUUUUAUGUUUGCGGUGUCACAAUUUUCUUCUUCGUUGUCUUCGAAGCCUUGUCACCAUCACGAGUUUGUGAGGAUUCCGUUUGAUUCUCCGACGGAGAUGGUUUGCUUGCCGGAACAUGCGGUGGUUAGCACCUCGCAGUUUGAUUUCUUCUUGCCUACUUUGUUCGCUGCUUUGGUUGUUUCUGCGUCAACUUUUCUCCUUCGUUCUGUGCUCUCUCCAUGA